AGCUAAAACUUCGAUUCCUCACCUCCCAAGAAAGCAAAAAAUCAUAUUUAUUUGUCCAAAUGUAAAGCAACAUCACCAACUUUGAAAACCCCAUUUGUCAACAGACUCAAUACGCAGCUUUACGGCAUAAUUUAAAGAAAAAACGGUUUUUUUAUUCCCAAAUCUGAACUUUUUUUGUCCAUUUUCCGUCUCAGGCAAUUAUAGCAUUUCCAGAAAAGGAAAAAUCCUGAAUUUUCGGUACCAACCGAGUCUCAGAGACUUUUAGUUUGGACUGAUUUACGGAAUCCCAUUGGCGGGUUUCUGCUGAGAAGAAAACGAAGCGGGAGAGCUUGGUUCCUUUAUUUUGUUUGGGGAUUUUUUUUUAUUUUCUAUGAAGUGGGCUUUUGUCAAUUUGGCGUGAAUUGAAAACCCAUUGAGGGAUAUAGAAAGAAUUGAACAAUCUUGUGGAUUGAAGGGGGUUUGAUGGGUUUUGGGGGAGAAACGAUGAAGUUGAAGUGAUUGCAUCGUUAAGAAGAGCUUGUCAUGGGGAGUUUCCUUGGUGGGGUUGUAUUACCCUUGCUGUUUUUAACAGCUGCUCUACUCAGUUGGAGUUUGAUAUCUCUUGUUGAUUUGAUUGUUUUUCUUCUCAUCCAAUUCACAACACCAAAAACAGGUUUUCGUUUUCGAAGGCAACAUCUAUUAUUGUGGUUUGUUGUUAUCUUUUCCAUACUUGUUAUUCUUUCGCAAGUGACAUUUCUUAUUAUUUGGGCGGUUGAGGGGGGUAAAUGGAGUAUGGAAGAUGCUUGGUGGGUGAAGGUAAUUGGAUUCAUGAGAGUCAUGUCCUGGAGAUUUCCCUCUGCGAUUUAUUUCUUGGUCAUACAAUUACUAGUGGUUUUUGUUGCUUUGGUGGAGAUUUUUGGGAACAGAUUUGGUCCUACUCCGUGGCGAGAUUCAUGUUGGGGCCAUCUCUUUUCAGCGGUUGAACAUUUAGGUUCUCAUCUGAGGGUUGCUUCUUGCUUGCUGUUUCCUGCUGUUCAGCUGGUUGUGGGAAUUAGCCAUCCUUCUUGGAUUUCUCUACCAUUUUUUAUUGGUAGCUGUGUUGGUCUUGUAGAUUGGUCUCUAACAAGCAAUUUUCUGGGCCUUUUCAGGUGGUGGAGGCCUCUUCAGCUGUAUGCUGGCUUCAACAUUGUCCUUCUUUAUGUGUAUCAGCUCCCUAUAGGGCUCCCUAAGCUUUUCCAGAGAAUAGCUGAUUUCAUUGGUCUGUACAAAAUAUCUGGAAAAUCUGACUGGCCAGAAAUAUGUUCUGCUCUUUCUCUUGUAGUUUUCUACAUCGUGCUAUCCUACAUCAAAUGUGAUUUGGAGGAAAUGGAUUUCAUUAUGUCAACGGGGGAGAGUGACUUGACCAAUCAACUUCUUCCCUCGAAGCACUCAUUUUUUAUUCGUGAAUCAAGAUCUGGUGUAAGGCAUACCAAUGUUCUAUUAAGGGGAUCAGUCUUUCGGACAUUUAGUAUCAAUUUUUUCACGUAUGGUUUCCCGGUUUCCUUGUUUGCCCUUUCUUUUUGGAGUUUUCAUUUCACAAGUGUAUGUGCAUUUGGAUUACUCGCAUAUGUCGGCUAUGUUGUGUAUGCCUUCCCUUCCUUGUUCCAUCUGCAUCGGCUAAAUGGACUGCUGCUUGUCUUUAUUCUCUUGUGGGCUGUUAGCACGUAUAUUUUCAAUGUGGCAUUUGCAUUCCUGGACCUGCAACUUGGGAAGGACAUGGAGAUUUGGGAGAUGGUUGGGCUGUGGCAUUAUCCUAUACCUGGUUUCUUUCUGCUUGCACAGUUUGGUCUUGGAAUUCUGGUUGCUGUGGGUAAUCUUGUUAACAACACUGUUUUCCUCCACUUAUCUGAUGAGGAUGGGCAAUCUUCAAAUGAGAACUCUACUGUAGAAGUGAACGAAGAGACCAAGGUAUUGAUUGUUGCUACAAUUGCAUGGGGCCUGCGUAAAAGCUCUCGUGCUAUCAUGCUGGCGCUUAUAUUCCUCAUUGCCAUGAAACCGGGUUUCAUCCAUGCUGUAUAUAUGGUAUUCUUCUUGAUAUAUCUUUUGAGCCACAACAUCAGCAGGAAGACAUGUCAAUCCCUGAUUCUCCUAUGUGAGGUUCAUUUUGCACUGUUGUACAUUCUUCAGCUUAAUCUUAUCUCCAGAACGUUGGAGGAAAAAGGCUCUAUUAGUAUGGAAAUUCUAUCGCAGAUAGGUCUCCUUGAGCACGACCAUUCCUGGGAUUCAUUAGAAAUAGCUAUGCUUGCAUGCUGCUGUGCAGUUCAUAAGCAUGGUUUUGAUGUGCUGUUUUCGUUCUCAGCAAUGGUGCAGCACACCCCAAACCCUCCGAUUGGAUUCAGCAUCUUGAAAGCUGGUUUGAAUAAAUCAGUUCUAUUGUCAAUUUACAGCUCUUCAACUACCAGAGACUGCAAUGAUAAUCGUUCUCAUGAGAGAAGGAUAGCAUCAUUUCUCAGUGCAAUAGGGCAGCAGUUUCUAUCUAUGUAUCGAUCCUGUGGAACGUAUAUAGCUUUUAUGACAAUUCUUCUCGCAGUAUACCUGGUGACACCUAAUUAUAUAUCAUUUGGGUACAUUUUCCUUCUCCUUGUUUGGAUCAUUGGAAGACAACUUGUUGAGAAGACAAAAAGACGUUUAUGGUUUCCAUUAAAAGUGUAUUCACUUCUGGUGUUUAUAUUCAUAUAUAGCUUGAGCAUUUGCUCCAAAUUCGAGAUGUGGUUGUCUAGAGUUAUAGAUCUUUAUCCUAAUUUGGGUUAUAACCCAGAAGCUUCAUUGUUGAAAAAUGUUUGGGAAUCUCUAGCAAUUGUGAUUGUGAUGCAACUUUAUAGUUAUGAGAGGAGGCAGAGUAAGUAUAACAGAUUAGAUGCUCCCCAUCCUGUGCAAUCUGGAAUACUUGGGUUUAUUAGACGGCUUCUGAUUUGGCACAGCCAGAAGAUCUUGUUUGUUGCAGUAUUCUAUGCAUCUUUAUCUCCAGUUAGUGCCUUUGGUUUUGUGUAUCUUCUCGGUCUAGUCAUAUGUUCAACUUUACCUAAAGUUUCUCAGAUCCCAUCAAAAUUGUUCUUAGUCUACACUGGAUUUUUAGUGAUGACUGAGUAUCUGUUUCAGAUGUGGGGUAAACAGGCUGAGAUGUUUCCUGGCCAAAAGCACUCUGAUUUGUCCCUUUUUUUGGGCUUCUCUGUAUUUAAGCCUGGGUUUUCUGGAAUAGAGUCAGGUUUGAGGGGGAAAGUACUGGUGAUCGCUGCAUGUACCCUUCAAUACAAUGUUUUUCAUUGGUUGGACAAGAUGCCAAGUACUCUUCUAAGUAUGGGGAAAUGGGAAGAGCCUUGCCCACUGUUUAUCUCAGAAGAAGAGACCCUGCCUGUUGUUUCGGUUUCUAGUGAGGUGAGUAAGCCAUCAUCAGAUUCCAGCUCUCUGUCUGUAAAAAAGAGGGGGGUGACAAGCUAUUCAUGGCCAUCCUUUAACUUUGGUCUGUCUCAAGAAUCUCAUCCAGUGCCUUCUGAAACGGCUGAAUCUGGAGGUAGUGGCUCUAGAAAGUUUUCAUUUGAGAAUAUCUGGGGAAGCACUAAGGAGAGUCAUAAGUGGAACAAGAAGCGGAUUCUUGCCUUGAAGAAGGAGAGAUUUGAAACACAGAAGACUACAUUGAAAAUAUAUUUCAAGUUUUGGGUGGAGAAUAUGUUCAAUCUGUUUGGCCUCGAGAUAAACAUGAUUGCAUUGCUUCUUGCCAGUUUUGCUUUGUCAAAUGCUAUUUCUAUGCUAUAUAUUGCAGCUCUAGCUGCUUGUGUUCUUCUGAAUCGGCAUAUUAUAUGGAAGUUAUGGCCCGUAUUUAUCUUCUUGUUUGCUUCCAUUCUCAUCCUUGAGUACUUAGCCCUCUGGAAGAAUAUGGUUUCUUUGAGUCCAGACAACCCAAGUGAUACUAAUUUUCAUUGCCAUGACUGCUGGAGAAGCUCUGAUUUAUAUUUCCAUUAUUGCAGAAACUGUUGGCUGGGACUGGUUGUUGAUGAUCCUCGAACGCUUAUCAGCUAUUAUAUAGUCUUCAUGCUUGCAUGUUUCAAACUUCGUGCUGAUCACUCGUCCAGUUUCUCAGGGCCAUUUACAUAUCAUCAAAUGAUGUCUCAACGUAAGAAUAUAUUUGUUUGGAGAGAUCUUUCAUUUGAAACUAAAAGCAUGUGGACUUUCCUUGACUACCUGAGGCUUUACUGUUAUUGCCAUCUUUUGGAUCUUGUGCUGGCUUUGAUUUUGAUUACUGGAACCCUCGAGUAUGACAUUCUGCACCUUGGGUACCUAUGUUUUGCUCUGAUUUUCUUUCGGAUGAGACUCAAAAUACUAAAGAAGAAGAAUGAAAUUUUCAAGUUCUUGCGCAUAUACAACUUCUCAAUCAUUGUUCUUUCUCUUGCCUAUCAAUCUCCUUUUGUGGGGGAUUCCAGUGCUGGGAGGCAUAAAACAAUAGAUUACAUAUAUGAGGUGAUUGGAUUUUACAAAUAUGAUUAUGGGUUUAGGAUUACUUCAAGAUCUUCACUGGUUGAGAUUAUCAUAUUUAUGCUGGUAUCCCUGCAGUCAUAUAUGUUUUCCUCCCAUGACUUCGAUAACGUGUCACGGUAUCUUGAAGCAGAGCAAAUAGGUGCCAUUGUACAUGAGCAAGAGAAAAAAAGUGCAUGGAAAACUGCACAGUUAAAGCAUAUUCGGGAAGCUGAGGAGAGCAAACGCCAGCGUAACUUGCAAGUAGAGAAAAUUAAAUCUGAGAUGCUCAACCUACAAACCCAGCUUCAUAGCAUGAGCUCUAAUACAAAUUUUGAUGAAGCUUCUCAUUGUAUUGAAGGUUUAAGGAGGAGAAGUACUUCUCUUAAUUCAAAUAGGGACACUGGGGCCCCUGAUAAAGGGGAAGGCAUUCUUAGGAAACAAGAGCAGAGUUUCUGUACAGACUUGAUAUUCCCUUCUGACUUGCAUGAUUUUCCUGCUACGGAGAGUCCAUCUGCGAUCAAGAAUACAGAGCAUCCAAUGGAAUAUUCUCUUUCUGAGAUCACUGAGCUUGGCGAGGAUUCUGCUGAUGGAGCCUUAGUUGACUCAGAAAAAAGAGAGGAAGUUAAAAGUCAAGUAAAGGAAAGCCCGUUAAUUUCUGCAGUGCAGCUGAUAGGUGAUGGUGUUUCCCAGGUGCAAUCCAUUGGAAAUCAGGCAGUUACCAACCUGGUGAGCUUCUUGAACAUAGAGCACGAAGAUUCAGAUUCAAAUGAACAAUAUUCUUCUGAGAAUGGGAUACAUGACACGAUUGAGGGUCAAAAUUUGAGGCACACAUGUUUGAACCAUUCAUCUUCUUUUCAGUCUGAUAAGAGCAGAACCACAUCCGAUGCUGCCAGUCUGCAGAUUGGAAGGAUCUUCCGUUACAUAUGGUCCCAGAUGCGAUCCAAUAAUGAUGUUGUGUGUUAUUGUUGCUUUGUUCUCGUCUUUCUUUGGAACUUUAGUUUGCUCUCUAUGGCCUACCUUGCAGCCCUCUUCUUGUAUGCUCUCUGUGUGAAUAACGGCCCAAGUUAUAUGUUCUGGGUUAUUAUGCUUAUCUACACAGAAGUAUAUAUUUCGGUUCAGUACCUUUAUCAAAUUAUCAUUCAACACUCUGGGUUGAGCAUCCAAUCAAGCAUACUUCAUGAGCUAGGGUUUCCUGGGCAUAAAAUUAUGUCAUCUUUUGUUAUCAGCUCAUUGCCUCUUUUCUUAGUCUACUUAUGUACCCUCAUACAGAGCUUUAUAACUGCAAAGGAUGGUGAGUGGAUGUCCUUUACAGAAUUCAAUUUUUUUAAGAGGAGAAUUCUCCAUAGGAGAGAGGUGUUUGUGACUUCCAGCUGGAGUGAGAGAGCACAGAAGCUGCUUCAACCAAUAAUGAAUGUGAUGAAUAUGAUAAUUAGGGGCUUCUCUAGGUACUGGAAAUCACUAACACAAGGAGCAGAAUCUCCUCCCUACUUUGUUCAGUUGUCUAUGGAUGUCCACUUGUGGCCAGAAGAUGGGAUUCAGCCAGAGAAGAUCGAGUCUGGAAUAAAUCAAUUGCUUAAGAUGGUUCAUGAUAAAAGAUGCAAUGGAAAAAACCCUAAUCUUUGCCCGUCUGCUAGUAGGGUUCGCGUUCAAAGCAUUGAAAGAAGCCAAGAAAACCCAAGUCUGGCCUUGGCUGUUUUUGAGGUGGUAUAUGCCUCCCCUUUGACAGAAUGUACACCAACAGAAUGGUACAAGUCUCUGACUCCUGCAGCUGAUGUAGCAAAGGAGAUUCGUGAAGCACAGCAUGCAGGGUUUGUAGAAGAAAUUGGAUUCCCAUACCCUGUACUUUCCAUAAUUGGGGGAGGCAAAAGAGAAAUUGAUCUGUAUGCCUAUAUAUUUGGUGCAGACUUGACUGUUUUCUUCUUAGUCGCCAUGUUCUAUCAAUCUGUGAUUAAAAAUAAAAGUGAAUUUCUAGAUGUGUAUCAGCUUGAAGAUCAAUUCCCAAAAGAGUUUGUAUUUAUCCUAAUGAUUAUCUUUUUCUUGAUUGUGCUUGAUCGCGUAAUUUACCUUUGGUCAUUUGCCAUGGGAAAAGUGAUAUUCUACUUUUUCAACCUCAUCCUCUUUACAUAUUCAGUUACAGAGUAUGCUUGGCACAUGGAGCCUUCUCAUUGGCAUGCAGGAGGAUUAGCACUUCGUGCAAUAUAUUUUACAAAGGCAGUUUCACUGGCACUCCAGGCUAUACAGAUCCGAUAUGGGAUUCCUCAUAAAAGCACUUUGUGUCGGCAAUUUUUGACAAGCAAAAUUUCAAGAGUUAAUUAUUUUGGUUACCGACUUUAUCGUGCUCUGCCAUUUCUUUAUGAAUUGCGAUGUGUACUUGACUGGUCGUGCACAACCACAUCUUUGACCAUGUAUGACUGGCUGAAGCUGGAGGACAUACAUGCAAGCUUGUUCCUUGUCAAAUGUGAUACAGUGUUGAAUAGAGCUUCUCACAAACAGGGAGAGAAGCAAACAAAAAUGACCAAAUUUUGCAACGGAAUAUGUCUAUUCUUCGUACUAAUCUGUGUUAUCUGGGCUCCAAUGCUGAUUUACAGCAGUGGUAACCCAACAAAUGUUGCAAACCUCAUCAAAGAUUGCAGUGUUCAGGUUGAUAUUAAGACGGGGGCUGGAAGGUUAACCUUAUACCAAACCACUCUAUGUGAAAAAAUCCCAUGGGAUAUGCUUGAUGGUGGUGCUGAUCUUGACCCCAAAGGUUAUUUGGAUGCAUUUGAGAAGAGUGAUGUCCAAUUAAUAUGCUGUCAAGCUGAGGCAAGUAGUUUGUGGCUUAUUCCCCAUGUGGUUCAGAACAGAUUCAUUCAAUCCCUUGACUGGGAUAUGGGAAUGGAUAUUACUUUUACUUGGCUGCUUACCCGAGGUAGGCCAAAAGGCAAGGAAGUUGUGAAAUAUGAUACAGAUGUUGAUCAUUUGAAUCUUCCAAAACAAUCAGAUGUCCAGGAAGUUCUCAAUGGUACUGCCAACAGCUUCCGGAUAAACAAUGUUUAUUCGAGAUACUUUCGAGUUACUGGUUCUGGUGAUGUCAGACCUUUAGGACAAGAGGCAAAUGCAGUCAGUGCUGAUCUUGUUCUAAAUCGUGGGAAUUUUGAAUGGUGGUCCUUCCACGAUACUAAUCCUUCGAAUCUAAGUGGAUGUGGAGGGUUGACAGGACCCAUGGCCAUCAUUGCAUCUGAGGAAACCCCUCCACAGGGUAUUCUUGGUGACACUCUUAGCAAGUUCAGCAUCUGGGGUCUCUACAUUACCUUUGUGCUUGCAGUUGGCCGGUUUAUCAGACUGCAGUGCUCUGACUUAAGAAUGAGAAUCCCCUUUGAGAACCUUCCUUCUUGCGACAGGUUGAUAGCCAUCUGUGAGGAUAUAUAUGCUGCAAGGUCAGAGGGUGAGCUUGGAGUGGAGGAGAUUCUCUACUGGACUCUGGUGAAGAUCUACAGGUCUCCACACAUGCUGCUCGAAUACACAAAGGUCGACUAGGUUCUGGAGUUGAAUCUUACCUCUAGUCCCCAACAAGUUUCAAAGACUGAAUGCUGAAUUAGGCAUGACUAACACCCGCUUACAGAACAAUAGUAACCAACAGUGAUUGCUAUUCUUUUACCCAGCUCUAAAAUGCUCUCCCAUUGCUUCUCAGUCUCUCAGAAGGAUCUACCAGUUUCGAUGCUAGACUCCAUAUGUAUGUAGGGAUGUCUUGCUUUGUUUUGAAACGUUGGGGUAUUCUGGCUUCUUGUACGGACAACAAAAAGAUUGAAUAUGAGAGAACAUUUCUUUUGCUAAUCUUUGUAUAUGAUCAAGUAACUGUUCAUUUGUCCUUCACUUUUCACUUUGUGAACUUAAUUGAUAAGAACAGAACAAAGAAGAGACGUGGAAUGAAUUUAAUUGUAGUAAGCAUAAUGAAUA